AUGUAUCGACUAUUUGUGAUUUGUGAAAGAGUGACAGAACAAAGAGUCAUGGACCAGAAACGUCAGAUUCUACGUACCUGCAAGAUUGCGACGGAAAGGCUGGAGCAACUCAAAACAGAAGUUGCUAAAGAGUUCUAUCCUGGUCGCGAUGUAUCUGAAGAUAUUAGUGCCCAAGAGCCUACCGCAGAUGCUUCAUCAGAAAUUAUUCCGGAUUCACUUACUGAAAAGGAGAUAUCUAAGCACACGAAGUAUGACCCACCAAACAGAACAGCUGUAGACAUCUUAGAUACUCUUCGACAAAAACUAGCAGUCAAAUCCAACCGACUAAAAAGGUACCGAAAAUCGCGGAAGAGAAGAGAAGACAACGCUCUUUUCACAAAAAACGAAAAGCUAUUCUAUCAGCGACUCCAACAAAGCGUUAAUGAUACGAGUGGACUUCCUCCGCGGAAGGAGGAAGUUGAGAAAUUCUGGCGUAGUAUCUGGUCAGAGAAGGUGAUCUACAAUGAAACCGCAACACGGAUCACAAGAGAAGAACAGCGUAUGCUUGAGGUCCCAGAAAUGCAACAUGUGGAAAUUACAGAAGAGGAUAUCACUCAAGCGGUGUACAAAUUUUUUUGCUUAAGAAGCUCACUGUUCUACACAAACCAAUGGCGGCGUGCUUUACUUCCUUCCUACGCGACCCCCAACUAG